AUACGGUAUUGGGCGAAGGUAGCAUCUUAUGGCAAAUGCCGCUUUGGUUUCUUGCUCUUUGAACCUCUCGUGGUCGUGCAGCAAGCCCUCUAGCUGUAUUACACCCGCUGCCUCUGUUAGUUUACAGGCUUCUCAAUCACCAUUCCGAAAGAUUCAUCUCAAUGGCGAUAAAAGGUUGCGAAAAUAUCGUACUGUUUAUGCAAUGACUGUCUCGAUGGGGCAAGAAACGAGGGCUCAGCCAGGAUCAGGGUCCAAUCACAGCUCCAAUGAGGCUUCUUCGCCAAAGAAGGUCAUGGUGAUCGGGGGUGAUGGCUAUUGUGGUUGGGCUACUUCGUUGCAUCUCUCGAACAAGAACUAUGAGGUAGCUGUUGUGGACAAUCUCGUUCGUAGGAGUUUUGAUCACCAGCUAGGUCUUGAUUCCCUCACUCCCAUCGCCUCCAUCCACAACCGGAUUAGGCGUUGGAAGUCCCUCACGGGCAAAGACAUAGGGCUCUACGUUGGAGACAUAUGCGACUUUGAGUUCUUGUCGGAGGCCUUCAAGUCGUUUGAGCCCGACGCUGUUGUCCACUUUGGGGAGCAGAGAUCCGCUCCGUACUCCAUGAUUGAUCGGUCAAGGGCCGUGUACACGCAGCACAACAACGUGAUAGGUACCCUAAAUGUUCUCUUUGCCAUAAAGGAGUUUGGGGAGGAUUGCCAUCUCGUGAAGCUCGGGACCAUGGGAGAGUAUGGGACCCCGAACAUAGACAUCGAGGAGGGGUUCAUCACGAUCACUCACAAUGGGAGGACUGACACUCUGCCUUACCCAAAGCAGGCUAGCUCGUUCUACCAUCUCAGCAAGGUGCACGACUCUCACAACAUUGCUUUUACUUGCAAGGCGUGGGGGAUCAGAGCCACGGACCUGAACCAGGGGGUUGUCUAUGGAGUGAAAACUGAGGAGACUGCCAUGCACGAGGAGUUGUACAAUAGGUUGGAUUAUGAUGCGGUGUUUGGAACUGCAUUGAACCGGUUCUGCGUUCAGGCUGCUGUGGGUCAUCCGCUUACUGUCUAUGGCAAAGGAGGGCAGACCAGAGGAUACCUCGACAUACGAGACACGGUCCAGUGCAUCGAGCUUGCUAUAGCAAACCCUGCCCAAAGGGGCGAGUUCCGCGUCUUCAACCAAUUCACAGAACAAUUCUCGGUGAACGAGCUCGCAGCCCUCGUCAUGAAAGCGGGCAAGAAGCUCGGCCUCGACGUUCGGACGGUGUCCGUGCCCAACCCUAGGGUGGAGGCGGAGGAGCACUACUACAACGCCAAGCACACUAAGCUUACAGAAUUGGGACUCGAGCCCCAUCUCCUAUCGGACUCACUCCUGGACUCGUUGCUCAAUUUUGCAAUCCAAUACAAGGACCGGGUCGACUCCAAACAGAUAAUGCCGAGCGUCUCGUGGAGGAAAAUCGGAGCCAAGCCGAAGACAGUCCCCGCGUAAUCGAGCUUUCUUUGUUUG